AUGGCAGCCGAGUCGGUUGGCGAGCUGUUGCGCCGCGCGGCGGCGCUGGUGCCCGCGGAGCACUACGCGCUCGCGGCCCUCGUCGCCGUGUCGGUCGUCGCGUACCGGUUAGUGGAGCUCCACGUCAUCGGCGACCUCCUCCGCGGCCUCCGCGGCUGCCGCGUCGAGCUCACCUUCCACCCGGCCUCCGAGAUCUACCACUGCGUCGCCUCCAAGUGCCGCUCCCUCCACCGCAGGUACAUACAUACGGCUGCGAGACCAUGGACCUGA